GGACUGCACUGGUGCAACAACCCAACCACAUGUGGAGUGGCGUGGAGGCGGAGAAUUCAAGGCCACCGACUUGACGGCCUGUACAUCUACUACACUUUGUACCCUAUGAAACAUCUCCUGCUAACCUUAACUUUUUUCUUCAACAAUGAUGGAGAUUGCCCUUUCCAAUCCUUCAAUCUCCAUCCCCAAAUACUUCCAUUUCUCUUCCCCUCUUUCUAAUUGCAAAUACUCCCCUGCUUCAAGAAUUCGAUGCCAAUCUGUAGAUUCAUCCAAUACUGCCGUUGCGAAGAAGGGAAUGAUGGGCCCACAUACGGGCAGAGAUCCCAAUGUGAAUAAGCCUGAUUGGUUGCGGAAGAGAGCUCCUCAAGGGGACAGGUUUCAAGAGAUCAAACACACUCUCUCUCAUUUGAACCUCAAGACCGUUUGCGAGGAAGCUCAAUGCCCCAACAUUGGGGAGUGCUGGAAUGGAGGCGGGGAUGGUAUUGCGACUGCUACUAUUAUGCUUCUUGGAGAUACCUGUACUCGCGGCUGCAGAUUCUGCGCCGUUAAAACCAGCAGAAAUCCUGCACCCCCUGAUCCUAUGGAGCCUCUAAACACUGCUGAAGCAAUUGCAAGCUGGGGUGUGGAUUAUAUAGUUCUAACAAGUGUAGAUCGUGAUGAUCUUCCUGAUGGUGGAAGUGGACAUUUUGCUCAGACUGUUCAAGCUGUGAAGAAACUCAAACCUGAUAUCAUGGUUGAGUGUUUAACCUCUGAUUUUCGGGGAGACUUAGAUGCUGUAGAAGCUUUGGUACAUUCGGGAUUAGAUGUCUUUGCUCACAACAUUGAGACUGUGAAACGGCUCCAACGAAUUGUUAGAGACCCUCGAGCUGGGUAUGAACAAAGUUUAUCAGUUUUGAAACAUGCAAAGCUCACUGAAGAGGGAAUGAUUACAAAAUCUUCUAUAAUGUUAGGUCUCGGUGAAACUGAUGAUGAAUUGAAGGAAGCUAUGGCCGAUUUAAGGGCAAUAGAUGUUGACAUUUUGACACUUGGACAAUAUUUACAGCCAACUCCAUUACACUUGACUGUCAAAGAGUACGUUACACCGGAGAAAUUUGCUUUCUGGAAGGAAUAUGGGGAGUCUAUUGGAUUUAGAUAUGUGGCCAGUGGUCCUCUGGUACGGUCCUCAUAUAGGGCAGGGGAACUGUUUGUUAAGACAAUGGUGAGAGAAAUGGCCAGUGCCACUGCUGCCAAAACCUAGUGUUUUGCCAUUGGUUAUGGCUUUGGGCACUAUACUUGAAAUCUAAAUUUGCUUGCCGUGAACUUUGUAUAAAAAUUUUUGGCGUAACUUUGAGCAUUUAGCAAGUUUGUAAUUGUAAUGAGAGUCUUUAUUCUUUGAUAUCGGGAUGUAAUGCUAUUUGAUGUCGUAAUGGUAUGCUAAAAUUGCAAGUGGAAUUUCCAUCA